AUGUUCAUGAAUGAUAAGAAUUCAAUAAUUCCAUGGUGUGCAGGGUUUCCACAGUCAUUUGAAAUCCUCACAAAAGAAGAAAUAGACUUAACCAUUACAACAGGUGGCAAAAUGAAUAUUCUACAUUAUGCAGUUGCUUAUUAUUGCUUUGAUAUUUGCAAACUAUUAUUAAGUUAUUCAAAUAUUGAUGUAAAUUCAAAAGACACAUAUGGUUAUACCUCAAUUCAUUAUGCUGGCCAAUAUAAUUAUAAAGAUGUAGCAGAAUUGCUUAUUGCUCACAAUGCAGAUGUUAAUGCAAAAGGCAAAGAUAAAUGUUCUCCACUUCAUGUUGCAGUAAGUUAUAAUUCCCUAGAAACAGCAGAAAUUCUCAUUUCACAUGGAGCAGAUAUCAAUGCAAAAGAUGUUGAUGGAAAAACAGCGCUUCAUUAUGCAACAGAACUACGCAAUGAAGAAAUGAUCAGCAUAUUCAUUUCACGUGGUGUAGAUAUCAAUGCAAAAGAUGUUAAUGGGAAAACAGCACUUCAUUAUGCAAUUAAGAAUUAUAAUAUAGCAAUAAUUAAUAUUCUCACUUCACAUGGUAUAGAUAUCAAUGUAAAAGAUGUUAAUGGAAAAACAGCACUUCAUUAUGCAAUAAAGCAUUGUAAUGAAGAUAUAACCAAUAUUCUCAUUUUAAAUGGAGCAGAUAUCAAUGCAAAAGAUGUUGAUGGAAAAACAGCGCUUCAUUAUGCAGUAGAAAGAUACAAUGUAGAAAUAAUCAAUAUUCUCAUUUCACGUCGUGUCGAUAUCAAUGCAAAAGAUGUUGAUGGAAAAACAGCGCUUCAUUAUGCAGUAGAAAAACACAAUGCAGAAAUAAUCAAUAUUCUCAUUUCACGUCGUGUCGAUAUCAAUGCAAAAGAUGUUGAUGGAAAAACAGCGCUUCAUUAUGCAGUAGAAAGAUACAAUGUAGAAAUAAUCAAUAUUCUCAUUUCACGUCGUGUCGAUAUCAAUGCAAAAGAUGUUGAUGGAAAAACAGCGCUUCAUUAUGCAGUAGAAAAACACAAUGCAGAAAUAAUCAAUAUUCUCAUUUCAUGUGGUGUCGAUAUCAAUGCAAAAGAUAUUAAUGGAAAAACAGCGCUUCAUUAUGCAGUAGAAAAACACAAUGCAGAAAUAAUCAAUAUUCUCAUUUCAUGUGGUGUCAAUAUCAAUGCAAAAGAUGUUGAUGGAAAAACAGCACUUCAUUAUGCGGUAGAAAAAUAUUACAUACAAAUAAGCAAUAUUCUCAUUUCACAUGGUUCAGAUAUCAAUACAAAAGAUUUCAACAGGAAAACAUCACGUCAUUAA